CCGCCAUAGUGGUCGGUUAUGAUACGAUACUAUGCGUUAUUAAAUGUCGCCCGUGCGCAAUCGGUGUGUUCACGAUUUGUCGUCGGUCGUUCUUUUUGCACAUUGAAUUGAUAAUUUUUGCGCAAUCCAGUCUUGGAUGAAACGCAUAAAGAAACGCCAGUGAUCUCGUGAAAAUCGCAAUCGUGUGAGCAACGUGAAUCCGCUGUGUAUUCGGUACAGUCGCGGCCGCUCGCGGACGUUUUGUUUGUUGCGCCGCCAGAGAAUUGACUGUGUCAUCGCGCGGUAUGUAUUGCCAUCGUUGUGGAUGCUGUCGUCCUUGCGCCGCUAGUCACCUAUAGCCGUGUCGCCGCUUCCGUCAGCCGUGUCUCGUGCAGUUCGCCGUUACGGUGCUGCGCUCGCUUGCGUCCAGUACGUUGUGUUAGCCUAGUGCCUAGCCGCCACUGUCAUCGCCGCUCGUCGCGGGGAGGAAUUCUACGUUGGACAAUUUUCCGUGUGUGUGUCGACUCUACGGUGGGUCCCGGCCGUCAAUAUCGCGAAAAAUCAAAUUAACGGGAAGUGCGACAUCCGCGCUUGCCGCCCAAGGAAGCUCAGUCUCCUCGCACGGUUCCGUGUUUUUGUUUUCCUUUUUGCAGCGCUGGUUAUCGAACGGCGACCGCUAAUAACUGCACGAUUGUCGGCCUCAGUGCCGUCGCUUUUUCGUUAGCUGAACUCAACAGUGGGGGACGUGCGCUUAUCCCGAACCCGAGUGUGGACCCGUACCUAUCCAGUCUAUCGUGCCGGGAACGUGUUCACGGCCAGUGAGCUUUUGUUGUCCAGGGAAAAGUGCUUUCUUUUUUGUUCUCUGUGCCACUGAGAGGAAACAGUGAAAAGUGCGGCGUGCACUGCAACACCUCUUGCAAGUCAUUCCAACAGUCAUAGCAAUCGCGGAAUCCCGGUGGACCCGGAGUCCUAGCCAGUGCCGUCGCGCGUCCCGCAAAGGUCGUCAAUUGAGGAGGUUAACAACUGUGCAAUUCCAUGCCAGUAAGAUUACGCUUACCAGAUCAACGUGAACUCUCUAAAAAUUGCCUCAUAUCGGUUAGAUAAAAUAUUCAAGUAGAAUUGUAGAUUCAAAGAAAAAAACGGGGUCACCAUACGAACAUUACGCACCUCAACUGGCUCGUCCGACUGUACAGAAAAUGGAAACGGAUGGCGCCAACAAUCGGCGCCAAAUUGAAUCAGAUCAAGCUGUAGAGGCUAUGGAUACACAAGAUUGUGAUGCACCAGUCGAUCCAUUCGAUGUGGUUUCGUUCCCAAAUAACGAAGACGCUAAUAUGCAAAUUGUAAGCACCGUUGAAACUGCACCAGCAACAUCUACGACCGUUACAACAAUGGAUGUAUCAUCAAACGAUUGUGAAGAGGAGACACGAUCCGAGGCAACAUUCUCCUAUACAGUUGAUAAUUUUUCAAAAUUAAAAGAUUCAGCCCUAUCACCACCAUGCUACGUAAGAAAUUUACCAUGGAAAAUUAUGGUUAUGCCACGCAGUGAACGUAAUCAACCAGAUACAAGAUCCCUUGGUUUCUUCCUGCAAUGUAAUGGUGAAAGUGAAUCGUCCAGUUGGUCAUGUAAUGCUGUCGCUGAAUUACGUUUGAAGUCAUUUAUACCAGGCCAGGAGCCGUUUAUGCGUAAAAUUAAACAUUUAUUCUAUAGCAAAGAGAAUGACUGGGGCUUCUCAUAUUUUAUGCCCUGGAAUGAGAUUUUAGAUCCUGAAAAGGGCUACGUUCAAAAUGAUACGAUUGUUCUUGAAGUCCAUGUUAUGGCCGAAGCACCACAUGGUGUGUUUUGGGAUUCGAAGAAGCAUACAGGUUAUGUCGGGUUGAAGAACCAAGGUGCUACUUGCUAUAUGAACUCAUUAUUGCAAACUUUAUUUUUUACGAAUCAGUUGCGCAAAGCAGUUUAUAAGAUGCCAACCGAGGCUGAUGAUAGCAGUAAAUCGGUCGCAUUAGCAUUGCAGCGAGUCUUUCAUGACCUACAAUUCACAAAUAAACCAGUUGGUACGAAGAAAUUAACAAAAAGUUUCGGGUGGGAAGCUUUAGAUUCUUUUAUGCAACACGAUGUACAGGAAUUUUUACGUGUACUAUUGGAUAAGCUCGAAAGUAAAAUGAAAGGCACAUGUGUUGAGGGUACAGUGCCGAGUUUAUUUGAAGGGAAAAUGUCGUCGUAUAUAAAGUGUAAAAAUGUUGAUUAUGCUAGUCGUCGUAAGGAAACGUUUUAUGAUAUACAAUUGAAUAUAAAAGGAAAGAAAAAUAUUUAUGAAUCCUUUAAGGAUUAUGUUGCAGCUGAAACACUUGACGGUGACAAUAAGUACGAUGCCGGUGAAUACGGUCUACAAGAGGCAGAAAAGGGUGUCAUAUUUUUAUCAUUUCCACCUGUCUUACAUUUACAUUUGAUGCGCUUUCAAUAUGAUCCAAUAACGGAUAAUUCGGUAAAGUUUAACGAUCGUUUUGAUUUUUAUGAAGAGAUCAAUUUGGAUCGAUAUUUAGCUGAGAAAGAAUCAACACCUGCCGACUAUAAAUUGCAUGCAGUUCUUGUGCAUUCAGGUGAUAAUCAUGGCGGUCACUAUGUCGUCUAUAUAAACCCGUUAGGCGAUGGUAAAUGGUGUAAAUUUGAUGAUGAUGUUGUAUCGCGAUGUACUAAAGCAGAAGCAAUCGAACAAAAUUAUGGUGGAAUGGACGAUGAGAUGAGUUUGAAUACCAAACACUGUAGCAAUGCGUACAUGCUUGUCUAUAUACGCAAAUCAGCCAUGCCAACGGUUCUACAGCCCAUAACUGAAGAUGAUAUUCCUAGCGAACUGACUGAAAGGCUUGAAGAAGAGAAACGUAUGGAGCAAGUACGGAGGAGAGAACGCUCCGAAUCGAACACAUACGUUAUAAUCCAGGUGUUACUCGAGGAGUAUUUUGAGGGGCAUCAAUGUACUGAUCUAUUCGACAUCGAUAAAGUUCACUAUCGUGUUUUCAAGAUGAAGAAAACACAGCCAGUUUCAGAUUUGAUAGCAACUUUUGUGGAGACGUUUAAGGUGCCUCAGACUCGCAUGCGUAUCUGGCCUCUAAUUUUAAGGCAUCAAAUAACGCGUCCGGUAUUCUUCGAUUUCCACGAGGAGAUGAAUCGACAACUGAUGAACGUUGUCGAGCUGCACAGCCCCUGGACUAUUUUCCUCGAGUUAGCUCCGGCCGACGUGCAACAGCAUUUCUCUCCUUUUGAUAAGAAGCGUGAUGUUCUAACUUUCUUCAAAUAUUACGACCCGAUCGAGAAGCGUUUAAAUUAUAUUGGAUUCGGCCAGCACCAGUUGCAAAUGAAACUUUCGGAUCUUGUCAUUCAUAUUAAUGAGCGGCUGGGAUUCCCCACUGAUACAGAAUUGACUGUUUAUGAAGAAAUUCAACCGAACACGGUUGAGAAAAUAGGACUACUUAAUGAAACGCUUGAAAAGGCCUUGAAAACUACACGAGAUGAUGUUCAGGGCAAUAUAUUGAUUUUUGAGAGAAAACAUCACGAUGAAAGACUCGAAUUGCCAACGUGUGCCGAUUAUUUCAGAGAUUUGUUGUGCCGGGUUGAUGUUACUUUUAUUGAUAAGAUGAACCCGAAUGAUACAGGAUUCACAUUAGAACUGUCGCAGCGGAAUACGUAUGAUCAGAUGGCACAUGCUGUUGGUCAGAAAAUUAAUACAGAUCCGUAUGAAAUACAAUUUUUCAAAUCACAAGGAUUUAAAGAUCUGCCUGGCUCUUCGUUACGUUGCUCAUAUGAUGGCAGUUUGAAAGAUAUUCUAGCGUAUAAUAAGCCGAAAACAAUAAAAAAGAUAUUCUAUCAAAGAUUAAAUAUGAAUAUUAAUGAAUUAGAGAAUAAAAAGUUAUUUAAGUGCCUAUGGCUCUCAUCAAAUCUAAAAGAUGAGAAAGAACUAGUAUUGUAUCCCAAUAAAAACGGCACGGUUAAAACGUUGCUAGAAGAAGCGGCCAAACAAAUUGAGUUCAGUGAAGAUAGUACAAGGAAAUUACGGCUUGUUGAAGUGUCCAGUCAUAAACUCUAUUCAGUAUUGCGUGAAGAUACUCCUUUGGAAAAUCUACAAAGCGUUAGCGAUACAAGUAUGACAAAUCAAACAAGUCAAAAAAUUUAUCGAAUUGAAGAGAUACCCCGGGAUGAACUAUUUCUUACUGAAGACGAAGCUUUAAUACCAGUCGCACAUUUCUGCAAAGAAAUCUAUAAUUCAUUUGGUGUGCCGUUCUUUAUAAAGGCCAAACGUGGUGAACCUUAUUCAGCACUUAAAGAGCGCAUGCAGAAGAAGUUAAAUGUACCAGACAAAGAAUGGGAGAAAUACAAGUUUGCCGUGAUCGCAAUGGGACGUGUUGACUAUAUAAAUGAAGCAGCAACUGUCGACCUCUCGGAUUAUAAACAAGCGAAUGCUCAGCAAAACAUUCCUCUUCCGUAUCUUGGCUUGGAACAUAUUAAUAAAUCACAGAAGCGAUCGCGAUACACUUACAUGGAGAAAGCUAUCAAAAUUUAUAAUUAACAUCAGAAACAUGUUGCAGCUGAACAACAUGGCGGAGAUGAAUGGAAGCGAGAAAUCUGAAAUAAACAGAUACUAUCAUCAUCUUCUGCAUAAUUAGCUCUACACACAUCAUUAUCACCAUUGUUAUAAUACUGUGCUGAGGACGAAUAUUACUGAAAAUAAAAUGAAUAAAAAAAAAAAGAAAAAUAAAGCGAAUACAGACACUAGUGGAAAAAAAAUGCAAGCUUCAUAGUAAGUUUGUCUGUUUCCUUGAUUACAUGCCCCAUCGCUGCCGGUGUUACAAGGACAAGAAUAGCCGCUUCUACUAGUUUUCUUUAAAGCUGUUGUUGUUGCUGUACGCUGUCAUUUUGACCAUCCUUCAAAUGAACCCCAGCGCAGUUGAACGUUUUUUUUAACCUUCCACCACUUUUUUUAAAUUAUGUGUUGGAAAGUUUUGUUUCUGCUACUUCUUGGUGUUACAAGGGCUACCCUUUGCCUCUCUCUUGACGAAAAAUUUAAUCCUCCAUUGAUCGGUUUGUUUAAGAAGAAAGUAAAAUGGAAGUGAAAGGACGGUUUUAUCUAUGUUGAAACGAGAAGAAAGUGGUUGAAAUAUAUAAAUAAAACGAUUAAUUGAUUCCGCACUUAAAUGAUUCUGUUUCCUUAUCUAUCUCGAACAAACAGGUAAAAAAAGUUGUUAAAGGAAGAACGAUUAAAAUUAUAAAUAGAUGAGAUUUACAUUUCUGUUCACGAGCUGUUGCUUUGUUAGCUUUGUAUUAUAAAAUCUUUCAAUUUCCCAAAGGAAUAUGAAACGAACUUAUAAAUAUUGAAAACUAAAAGGAUAUAAUUGUACCGUAACUCUUUAGAAUACAUAAAUAUAUGCGUAUACAUAUUAAAUUAAAUGAAACAAGGAUAAAUUAUAAACAAAUAAACCGAAAAAAAAUUUCGAAAGGAACAAAAAGAUGUAAGAAAAAAAAAACAAAAAAACAAGGAGACGAAAAACGGUUGAAGUGAAUUUUUAUUGCCUCCCUGGCUCUGCCCUCUUAUAAGAGCAAGGUCUUUUGAAAUACAAGAAAUCUAGAAUAGAACGAACACAUGUACACAAUUUCGAAACUUUCGAGACUAAUUAAAGUAAAAAGAAAGAAAAAUAUAGUAUAACUAUUAUAGAAUUACUGAGAUAUAUAUAUCAAUUGUUUACGGAAUGACAAUGUUGCAUGCCUGUGUAGGGAGCCCCUCUCUUUUUUUUAAUUUUAAUUUUGUAUACGUAUCUAUAUAUACACGUGUAUAUACAUGUUUUGUAUCUCGUGUCCGAAUUUGUUCUCGUUCCCAUGCGAGACAAACAAACUAAUAUUUCGUUUAUGCGUGGUGUGCGCUUUAUAUUUCAAUCAAACUCUCCCUUUUCUUUUUAAGUCUAGUAAAGUGUUCUAAUUAGUACCAUAGUAGUAAUUUGUGCGUCGCAUUUAUUUAAAUAAUAACCACGUUGGAACCUUGAUUACAUAUUUCAUUAAACGGAUUUUUAGAUGA